AUGGCGCAGAAUCAGGAGAAGGCCCAAGCUGUGCUGUACCGCUUCCGUCAGGCACAGGCGGCCGAGCUGGGUGUGAAGCCAUUCACCCCAGGAAAGCGCCCGACGGUUGCCAAUGGAAUCACGAGUUUGCGCGAAUGUGAGAGGUGGCGUGCCUCGGUCAUGAGUGACUUGGAGCGCAAAGUGUCCAAGAUUCAGGACUACGGUCUGAACGAGUACGAGAUCCGCGACCUGAAUGAUGACAUCAACCAGCUUUUCCGCCAAAAGAUGAUGUGGGAGAAGCACAUCAUGGCGCUGGGUGGUGCAAACUACAUCAACACGUCCGCGCGCCUCAUGGACGACGAGGGCAGUCUCCUGCCGGGUACGCGAGGAUACAAGUACUUUGGUCGCGCCAAGGACCUUCCGGGUGUGAAGGAAAUGUUUAAUCGGACAGCCGCGCAAGAAGAGGAGCUCGAGUCGUACCGUACGCAAAAGUUCCGCCGCUUCCAGAACCAGACUGGAGCCUACUUUGGCAACGAGGACGAGGACGAUGGAGUCUUGCUCGACGAGGAAAUCGCCUCGGAAAACCAUGGCUGGGAGCAGGGCUGGGCCCGUAUUGCUUCCGCGCUCGAGCUUCCUCAGGGUACCGACCUCCCCGCUAUUCCCCGCGCUCCCCCGACAAAACUCACGCUGCACGCGCCCCGUGCAAAUGAUACCCCCGACACGGUCGCACCGAACCUGAAUGCACUCGAUGCCAACGAGCUGCGCAUGCCCGAUGUCCCGGAACGCAAAGACAUCGAGACCUUCUUGCUGCGUGCCAAAAAAGCGGCGCUGCGCAACGAGUACUUGGGCGAGCCGUCGACUGUAUAA